UCGUGCGGAGCCGGCGGCGGGGCCCAGCAUGGUGCAGAUCGUCAUCUCCAGCGGUGGCACCGGGGCCCUGGCACAGUGGGUGCUGCUGGAGCUGCAGGGCGAGGUGGAGCCCCGGCAGAGCGGGCAGCUGCCCGGGAGCCUGCUGGGAGACCUGCACUACACCUGUGAGGGCGUCCCUGUGCUCAUCGUGGGGCACCACAUCCUCUACGGGAAGGUGGUGCAGCUGGAGAAGCCGUUUGCUGUGCUGGUGAAGCAAGGAGGAGCCUCCCAGCCCAGCCCCAUGGGGCCCCACAGCCACUACACCGUUACUGCCCUCAUCAAAACCAAACUGCUCUUCAAAACCCGCCCCAAGCCCAUCAUCACCCACGUGCCCAAGAAGGUCUGAGGGGAAGGAUGUGGGCUACAAACUGUGAUUGCUGCUGGAAAAAGCAGCAGGGACUUGGGGAGAUCCAGGACCUCAUCCCUGCCCUGCACAGGGGACACUGGCACUGCUGGGUCCUGUGUCUGGGCACCCAGAGCCCUUCCUGGGUCACUUGUCCCCCCAAAAUGACUCUUCAGAGAGCAGCCAAGCUCUUGGCCACAGACGCUGUGGAUCCCCCAAGGGGCCAUGGCUCCUGGUAGGCAGGGAGUUCCUGUGAGCUGGGCAGGGGUGUCCCACCCCGGGGCUGCCCACAGUGUGCAGCAGGUCCCAGGCAUCCAUGGAGGUGCCACAGUGGAGAUGUCUCCUUCCACCCCCUCCCUGCAGCUGUAGGGACACCAGUGCCACGCAGGGACUCAGCACCAACCUCCCUCAAGCCGGGCAGGGGGCUCAGGGACCCUCCCCAAAACACACCAUGUCCUCACUUCAAGUCUUUAUUUCCACAACUCCGUCAGGAUAUAAAAACCAGCCUUUUCCACCCGAAAUAUGGAAAAAAAUUCCCCUGGCAGGUUCAAAAAUAAAUAGAUUUACAAACCAUCUGCAACAAUACCAAAGAGCUACAAAAGUCUUCUAAAAAACCUCGUAUUAAAUUAAACAAAAAACAGCUAAAAGCUCCGUCGUACAAAGGGGUUUUUACCCAAGUCCUGAAAAAAGGACCCACAGGUGAAUUCCCUGGGGAGGGGAAAGUUGGGAAGCACCUUGCCUAAAUCCCCAUCUCCCCACAGCUGGGAAGGUAGCGGGGUGGGAGUGACGGGGCCAUGGGUGGCCAGAGCAUGACACGGCCCCAGAGGGUCUCCAGCAACGCCCCGGCCGGCGCACAGCCCCCCAGUUUUCCCAGUCUCUCCAUGCCAGGAUCCCCCCUUGGCUCUUUGGCAAAGCUGAAGGAACCUGCUGCCCUCCUGGAGCAGCCAGAGCCCCGAGAGGCCUGGGGGGCUGCCCGUGGGUACGCGCCCGCACGCAGCCGUGGGGCAGAGGCAGCGCAGCCAGCAGUGCUGGCACCGUGCUGCGUGUCCUGGGGGAGGGAAGUGCUCUAGCACCACGGAGGUGGGACUGAAAUCCCUGUAAAAGCACCGAGGGGUGGAAGGUUCUGGAGUGGGGUGUGGGGAGCGCGGCCAGCAGCGCUCCACACCUGGAUGCUCCAUAGGGCACAGCUGGAUGUAGCUGGCAGCACCUGGCUGGGUGAUGGGCAGCCCUGGCUCGGCUUCUCC